AUGGGACCAAGUCAUACGCCUUUAGAUUUGACAAGUCUUCAAGAAACCUUGCCAGUGCCAGCUACGAUGGCAUACAUUCAAGCUUUUCUGAAAGACGAACCGAAAAAAGCUUUCGACUGUGUUCAAUUAAGACUGAAGAAAGCAAAAACAUUAAAUCAGGAAAUCGCAAAUUAUUUUCAAGAACGAGCCAGAGUCGAAGACGAAUAUGUUAGAGGUCUUCAACGAUUAGCAAACAAAGUAUUUGUAGCAGAUAAAAAUAGCUUGGGUACCUUUGUAAAUGUAUGGGAUACUCUUCUCAAAGAGCUCACUGAAAUAAUUCAAAUCCAUACUAAUUUAAGUUUAAAAAUAUAUGCGGAAGUAGAAGGCCCAUUACGUGAAAAAGCAACGUCUGACCCAUGGUCAGAAUUAAAACCUCUUGAAACUUAUCUCGGCAAAUUAAUACGGGAAUAUGAAGAAAAACUACAAAAAGUUAACAAGCACAAGACCAAAAAUAAAGUCGGAAAAAAGGCAGAUGCUGAAAGUAAACUCAAUGAAACUCACAGAGCUUUAGAAGAUUCUAAGACAUUAUAUCUUGAGAAAACCUACGCUGUUGAUUUAAUGCGUUUGGAGAAUUUGAAAGAUUCUAUAGAACGUUUUGAAUCUAUACAAAAAGACGUAUAUAAAAACCGUGUUGAGAUUGCUGAAAAAACAUUGGGAACAGUUAAAAAAUUUGAUGCUCAAGGCGAAAUUAAGGAUUUUUGUUCCAAGAAAGGACAAAUUAUUGAAGGAGGAACUAUAGAGGAAUCAUCAUCGUCAUCUCCAGUAAAAUAUGCCUUUACGAUUAGGCGUAAAAAAGUAACUUCACAAAAUCAUUUGGACGUUUCUUCUCAGCCUAAAAUGGAAAAUAUCGACUCUCACAGUGAUGGUUUGAGGAGCCCUUCAACUAUUUCAGUCAAUAACGAUCAUCAUGAAGUUGCAGUGCCAAAAGUAGUUGUAGACUCGGAAGGUUACUCAAUACCUCCCACGGAAUCCAAGUCGGAUAAUUUUUCUUCUUCAAAUGAAGAAAAUGAUUCAGAUUCACGAUCAGAAACUGCUAAUUCAUGGAAUCAAGAGAAAAUGCGUGUUGAGAUUAAGCCGACGGUUGUUCCAAUAAAUGAGGAAGAAGCAGCUGCAGCCAUGUCACUUGUUAUGACACAUCUCAAGUCGACACCUACUUCGAAAAAAAGCACGCAUCGUGGUCGAAGAGAUCAAUGGAGAAAUACUAUAUCGAAUAAUGCAGACAGUAUAUAUGUCGACACAAACAAUGUUUCGCUUUCACCUUCAUUUUCUGAUAGGGCAAAUAGCUUAAUUAAUUCAUCCCCAACUUCAUAUGAAUUCCUGGAGGUUGUAAAUCAUCCAAGAGCUUAUUCCGACUCUGAGACUAAACCACGUGGAUUACGUGCUUCAAUCUUUGAAACUGUCAACAUAAUGUCCAAAGCUGGUGAAGUUACAAAAAUACUUGUAACGGGUGAAAUAAGUGUACAAUAUAAUUUUCCAACAGUACGGGAUCAUUCACAUCCAGUCAGGAUUAGAAUCAAUAAUUUUGAAACAUUGGAAAAGUCUGCACCAAACACAUCAUAUCUUCGUCCCGCACCAGACCUUGUAGGACAAUAUGAUAUUGAUACAAGCUUAUUAUCUUUGGCAGGAGGGGCUUCGGUAGCUGUAAUGAAAUAUCAAGUGCACAUAGAUCCGGAAAACAAAAAUACAUAUGUACCACUUCAAGUGAUCCCACAUUGGAAAUGUGAAUCAAAUUUAACGUCAUUAGCUGUUUCAUAUCAAGUGAAUCCCGAAUGCAAACUUACAGGAAAUCUCUCAGAACUUUCCUUCAUAGUACCUGUAGAUGGAGAAGUUGGAACAGUACAAUCUAAACCCACUGGAGUAUGGAGUAUGGAAAAGCAGAGGAUUUAUUGGCAAGUUGGCGAUGUAGACCUUUCUACUUCUCCUGAACGUAAAAGAAUAUUAGCACGUUUUGAAACAGGAAAACCAUCUACCCCAGCACCUGCUGCGGUUAGGUUUUUAUGUAAAGGACAAUUGUUGAGUAAUAUUUCGAUAGAUAUUGUACCUUCUGUAUCAAAUGGACAGGAGCAAGAAAAUAGCAAUAAUCCAGGGGGGUUUGAAAAUGGUUUUAAAUUUCAGGAGAUAACGUGUCAAGUUUCUAGCGGUAAAUUUAUUGCUUCUCAAUAA